GCCGCCACCAACCCCCGCCGGCCUGCAGGCUCGGCCGUCUGCUGGGCCUCGGUGGCGCGGAGUCGGGGCGCGUGGGGUUUGGGGUCUCGAGGCCUGCGGAAUUGGGGCGUUUGGGGGUGCAGGCUCUUUAGAGGCCUGGGGGCUGCAGGGCGCCCGCGUGACCUUGGGGUGGUUGGGGAGCGGCCGUCGACACGCGGGACGGCCCCAGCCUCCGGGAACUGGUACGGGCGGCGGGUUUCCUCCGGCUCGGCCCACUUGGGGCUCCCCACUAGUACGGUGCAUUUAUUCUUUCUGUCGCCCACGCAGCACUUCAUUGAUUCGGUUCUUACGUCUGGAACCGCCACUGGCCUCUGUGGCAGAAGCUCGUGUUCUAGCGUGGGGCACAGGUCCUAGAUGCGCCGACCCAGGCGGCGGCUUUGUUGGCUGCGGUGUCUGGUUGAGUGCGGGCCGCUGCAGAGCCGCAGUGUUGUGGGGAACAGUGAAGAGCAGCGAAAAGCUUAUGUUUUCUUUUCCAGUUUGAGUCUAGUGGUGAAGUCUUGGGUCUCUUACGGACUUCUGGGUGACCAAGGACACUCAUGAGGACCAUGAUACUUCCACUGAGAAUACAGACGAGUCCAACCAUGACCCUCAGUUUGAGCCAAUAGUUUCUCUUCCUGAGCAAGAAAUUAAAACGCUGGAAGAAGAUGAAGAGGAACUUUUUAAAAUGCGGGCAAAACUGUUCCGAUUUGCCUCCGAGAACGAUCUCCCAGAAUGGAAGGAGCGAGGCACUGGUGACGUCAAGCUCCUGAAGCACAAGGAGAAAGGGGCCAUCCGCCUCCUCAUGCGGAGGGACAAGACCCUGAAGAUCUGUGCCAAUCACUACAUCACGCCGAUGAUGGAGCUGAAGCCCAAUGCAGGUAGCGACCGUGCCUGGGUCUGGAACACCCACGCUGACUUCGCCGACGAGUGCCCCAAGCCAGAGCUGCUGGCCAUCCGCUUCCUGAAUGCUGAGAAUGCACAGAAAUUCAAAACAAAGUUUGAAGAAUGCAGGAAAGAGAUUGAAGAGAGAGAAAAGAAAGGAUCAGGCAAAAACGAUCAUGCCGAAAAAGUGGCGGAAAAGCUAGAAGCUCUCUCGGUGAAGGAGGAGACCAAGGAGGAUGCUGAGGAGAAGCAAUAAAUCGUCUUAUUUUAUUUUCUUUUCCUAUCUUUCCUUUCCUUUUUUUAAAAAAUUUUUACCCUGCCCCUCUUUUUCGGUUUGUUUUUAUUCUUUCAUUUUUACAAGGGACGUUAUAUAAAGAACUGAAUUCAACAUUCAGGUUUUUUUUUUUGUUUCUAAGUUUUUGCCCUAUUGAAGAUGACUUCAGAAAAUCCAUUCCCCAGUCAUGAAAAUGUACUGUGCUAACUUUCUUUUCCAUAGUGGAAACACUUAUUUAUAGUCAUCAAAAAUAGUGAAUAAAAAACACAUUUGGAACCUGGA